AUGUGGACUCCUGUAACGUUUACAAGCGACAAUAGCGUUCCACCAUCAAGAUCCAAGCACAGCGCUGCUGUUCAUGGUAACCACAUUUAUGUGGUUGGCGGUCGAAAUGGCAAUUGGCCCCUGAAAGACAUAUGGAGAUACGCCCUGUCGAAUAACACCUGGGAACAGUUGCACCCGACAGGAGAUUCAUUGCAAAAUUUGCAAGAACAUACAGCAGUCGUUUAUCAAGACAAGGUAUACGUUUUCGGUGGAGAAGUUGGGUUUUCGUCUGCCUCUGAGUCUCCACUAUGGUCCUACAGUAUUAAGGUAAUGCAUACUGUGUGA